AAAUAGAGACCGUCUGUAACAUGUUGCAAUCGUUGUAGUGGUGAACAGCAGACCGUUUUAACACCACAAGAGAUUUUAGACAAGACGCUAACUUAUAAAAGAGCUUUAUAAAAAAACUGUAGUUGCUUUAUUUGAUUCAUUUUGGACGUAUUUGGUAUUUAUUUCUAGCUGUUACCCGCUGUUACCUAAACUAAAAGAAGACGAUCCCUAACUUUGGUUGAUGACGUGCAAGGCACUUUGGCGCGGAAGUUUGUUUUGUAACUUCAGUGUCUGGGUCGUAAUAUCGUCGUCUGUGGGUUCAUCUGUUUUUUCAACAUGAUGCGUAAAAAACGACGCUCCUGUGUGGAUAAAGAAGGGGGACCUACUGCCACAACUAAGGCAAAGAAGAGUCGCAGCACUGGUCGCCCACCAAAGGACCCCGCUCCAGAAGAGACCAAUCAAAGUGUAUUUGCUGUCUUUCUUCGAGAGGCAGGUGUAACCUUAAAACAAGGUGGCACAUCCAAUGAGAUUGCUGUCGACCAGGGAGUUUUCCAAAAAAGGAUACAGAAACAGAUACAGAAGAGUCCCAGGUACCCUGGGAUUGUACAGGAAUUCAUCAGUGGAUUGGAGUCUCAUAUUGAGGACUCUGAGCGGUUUAGGAACUGCCUUCUUCCAUGUGUGCCACGAUUGUCUGAUGGAGACUCCAGUUGUGUUAGCUCUUUCCAGGAGAGUCUGCUGCGCAUGCUGUUGGGGAUUGAAAUGCUGCAGACCGUCAUCAUUAAUGCCUUGCUCGAGAAACUCCCUGAAUUUAUGUUUGAUGGUGCUGGAGAUGGAGGGCUCAGUAUUCCUCACACAAUAAUUAACCAGCUUAAAUGGCUUGACCGGAUUGUGGACAGCAAGGAGUUGGCAGCAAAGCUCAUGGAGCUGGUGUCAGUAGCACCUGUGGAGGUUCAACGUGACAUCAUCACCAGCCUGCCAGAGAUACUGGAAGACUGCCAGCACAAUGAUAUAGCCAGAGAGCUCAACUCUUUGCUCCAGGAGAACACUCAGCUAACUGUUCCCAUCCUGGACGCCCUCUCAAGUCUAAACCUCAGUUCCUCAUUACUCACUGAGGUCCGUGGAGCUGUUAUGGCCACUUUGGCUGCUGUGCAACUGGAGGAUCUGCCUGUGGUGGUCAAGUUCAUCCUGCACUCAGUCUCAGCCCCUGAUGCAUAUGAGGUGGUGUGUAAUCUUCGUAAAAAGUUGGAGUUGGAGCAGUGUGUUCUCCCUCCUGUGCUGCAGGCCUCACAGAGCCGCAUCCAGAGCAAAGGAUCAGCAGCGUCCGGUUCGGCGCCAGCAGCUGGCAGCAGCCAGGACAGCGUUACAUUAACAUUGGACGGCAUCAAGUCAGCAGUACGAUUCCAGAAAACAAUAUCUGAGGCUUGGCUCAAGGCAAUAGAGUCUGUAGACGAAGAGGAGGACCAUAAGGUAAUAGAUCUGCUGGUGCUGUUCAUCCUCCACUCCACCAACGCCAACCAGAGCCGGCGGGGGGCCGAGAGGGUGCUGAAGGUGAAAGUGAGGACUGGACUGAUCCAAGAGGCCCUGCUCCAGAGGACCUUCAGGGACUACGCUCAGGUCAUGCGAGGGUAUUUCCCCUCCAUCUUGGCUCUGGCUCAGAGUUUGCUGCGCUCCCCUGACCCCUGCCUGGUGCCCUUUGGUGGACACAUGUAUCGACACUCAUUCACUGCUUUUGACUCUUACUGCCAACAGGAGGUGGUGGGCUCGUUAGUGACCCAUGUGUGCAGCGGUGUGGGUGGGGAGGUGGACAUGGCUCUGGAGCUGCUCUGCGGCCUUGUUACAGAAAAACCCUCAGAAAUGUCUCUGUAUGCUGUUUUUGUUAAGGGAAUCUUGGACUACAUGGACAACCUCACACCCCAACAGAUCCGCAGACUCUUCCAGCUUCUCAGCAGACUGGCCUUUGGGCAACAGCAGCAGGGAUCUCACAUCCAGGAUGACAUGCACAUAGUGAUCCGCAAGCAGCUCUCCAGCACCGUCCCCAAAUACAAGCGCAUUGGUAUCAUUGGAGCUGUCAUGAUCAUAGGCAGCAUGGGGGCCUCCAGGCUGAAAGUGAAGGAGUCACAGAAUGGGUCGAUAUCCCAGGAGACACUCAGACAGGUGACAGGCCUGUUGGAGCUGGUGAAGUCCAGCAGUGAAAGCUCACCUGAGGCUGCAGCUCUGUACUACGAUGAACUGGCCAACCUGAUCCUGAGCUCUACCCUGGACCCACAGGUGCAGGAAAAGAUCGGCAUGAGUGUCUUAGAUGACUUUCAGGUUGACUUUGUGGUGGAUCUUGGGCCUGCCAUAUCAGGGUCCUUUCCCUUUACGCCGACUGUGAUGUACGACCUGGAGGAAGAACAGAGUCAGCAAGGCAUCGCCAUCAACCUGCUGCCUCUACUGGCCAAAGACAUCCAGUACAAAGUAGAGCAGAAGAAUCAAACCAAGAAGGCAAACAAGCGAGUGUCUCCACUCUGUCUGUCACCAUUUUUUCGCCUCCUGAGACUCUGUGAGGAGAAACAGCACCAGGGAAACCUGGAGGAGAUCGACGCCCUGCUAGGCUGCCCUCUGGUCCUAACAGACAUGGGCGUAGUAGAGAAAAUGGAGAGUUUGUCAAAAGCUGAGAGGGAGUUCCUCUGUUCUUUGCUGUUUAACGCCAUCAACUGGUUCAGAGAGGUCGUAAAUGCGUUCUGCAGACAAACAGACACUGACAUGAAGAUGAAAGUGAUGACCCGUCUGCAGAACAUCACCUACCUUCAGACGCUGUUGGAGAGAGCUUUAGCAGGAACACCUGGCUAUGUUCCACCUAUUGCAAACUUUGAUGGAGAAAGCACUGACGCGGUUACACUUAGUUCUGCUGCACCUGCGAAUAAGGCAAAGAAAGACGGUACAGGAAAGAAGAGGAAGGCCCCGGGUAAGAACUCCUCAGAGAGCAGCUCACAGCUCGAUGAAUCGACUGAAGCAGAGAAAACUCAGCAGGAGCAACCAGAAAAGGAGAAAGAAAAGGAGACCCGGCCAGGAGUCAGUCUGGUGUCCUACAGGCAGUUCUUCAGGGAGCUGGACACGGAGGUGCUGAAUGUGCUGCAGUGUGGCCUGCUGUCCCGCUCACUGCUGGACUCUGAGCUCCACACCAAGGUGCGAGAGGAGGUUCUGCUGGGUCCUGCUGAGCUGGUGUUCCUGCUGGAGGAUAUGCUUCGCAAGCUGGAGUUCAGUCUUACAGCUGCCCCUGCCAAGAGAAUGCCUUUCUUCAAGGGAAGAAGCGAUAAGAGCGUGGGCUUCUCUCACCUCCAACAGAAGAGCUCCAAGGAUAUCGCUUCGUUCUGCGUCCACCUGCUGCCCGCCCUCUGCUCACACCUGGAGAACUGCCACAACCAUUUCCAAACUCUGCUGUCUGAGAACAAUGGCGUCGUGGACGGACCUGCUACAGAUGUUCAGGAGCACCAGCUGAUGUCCUCAGCCUACCAGCUGCUCCUGCAGGUCCUGAACACCACCUUUAGCUGGUCUGGAUUCAGUCAGCCGGGACAGCGGAGCUUACUGAAGAAGGCUCUGAGAGUUUUGGCUGAACGAUUAAAAGAGGGAAGUGCCGAGUUGACCCUGGAGCAGCUUGUAAAAGACAGCUUUGAGUACUUGACGAACUUUCGCAGCACAGUGCCAAGUCUCAGCACAGCCCUGUGUCUCUCCCAGCUGCUGUCCACUGUGUCGGAGAGAGGAGGAAACCCUGCUGCCUACAGAGAGCAGACCGCUUCCCUAGCAAAACGUUUCCUGAGCCAAGAGUGGGUGACCGCCAGCGGAGAGAAGGAGCGAGGGAACAAAUUCAAUGAAGCGCUUCACAGUCUGCUGAGCAUUUACCUCGAGCAUGUCAAUGAUGUUCUGAAGGCAGUGGAGGAAAUAGCUGGGGAAGGAAUCCCUGAGCUCAUCAAUGCAUCAAAAGAUGAAAGCUCUGCAUCAUGGCCCACUCUUAGCAGGCAGACAUUCCUGGUUUUCUACAAAGUUUUAUUGUCAGAGCUGGAAAAAGCCGUCAGGAAGAUUCCUGCUGGAAAAGUCAGCGACAACACUGAGGCUCAGAGUGAGAAGCUGCUGACGUGGAACCUGGCUGUCAGAGACUUUCAUAUCCUGGUCAACCUAGUUAAGGUGUUUGAUUCCCGGCUAGUGCUCAACGCGUGCCUUAAGUAUGGUCGCCUUUUCCUGGAGUCUUUCCUGAAGUUGGGAAUGCCAUUACUGGACAACAGUUUCAAAAGGCACAAGGAGGAUGUCCAAAACCUUCUAAAAACCUUCCAGCUCAGCACCCGGCAGCUCCAUCACAUGUGUGGACAUUCUAAGAUUCAACAGGAUACAAGCCUGACCAACCACGUACCGGCCUUGAAGAAGAGCCUGGAGCUGUUUGUUUACAGAGUGAAGGCCAUGCUGAUGCUCAACAACUGUCAGGAAGCAUUUUGGAUCGGCAACCUGAAGAAUCGCAACCUGAAGGGCGAAGAGAUUCUUUCUCAGAGGUCUCAGGGAAGUGAGGACGAGGAUGAAGAAGAGGAGCAACCGCUGCCUCAGGACCAGUCAGAGGAUGAGGCCCAGGAGACCGACUCUGAGGAAAGUAAGAGGGUCAACAUAGAUGAAGAUCCAGACAAUAUUACAGAUGACUCUGACUGACAGAACUGUUGCUUCUGAUUUUGAACUUUUGCAUUUGGGUCAAAAACCCAUUUGUGGAUCCUCUUUUCAUGUCUCAAAUGACCAGUUGGUUUUCUUUACAUAAACUUUCUCAAUGUAUCGGAAACUGCGACUCGUUGGGCAGUUUUCAAGUAUUGGAUCAAUAAUACUAAUAAUCACAAUUCUUGUGUUCUCACGUAUGUGGCAAUAUUACUGUAAGCACAAAAAAUUAAUGAGAUGCAUUUAUGUACUUGUACAGGUAUUCUUUUCUGUUGAAGAUAAAACAUGCCUAAUAAUUAGGUGUUUUCUCUGGGGAAAAAUGUGGGGGAAAAUUCUGUUUGAUAAAAUACAGAUUGUUGACAGAUUGUUUCAGUGUCAUUUUUCAUUCAGUAUUCAAUAUAUUUCUUAAAAUUAAUAUUUGUUUAAUGUAGAAUCCAUUGUCCAUUCAAUCAUCUAUCUCAGGUCUUGUGUGUGAUAAACAAUG